CGUGCAUCGAGUGCAUCCUACGUGACAUUGCACUGUCCUCGUCGUCGAUUGCGUUGAACAAGACCGUCACUUCCUGUGUUCUGGAUAUCCCGACAAAGAGAGAUGAGACGCUUCGCGAUCGUGAUGAUGGGCCUGAUCAGUCUGAUUUCGGCUAAGCCCGCUCUUCUGUCCGUACCGUUGACGUACGUGACACCCUUGACACCCGUUGGUACCAACCGCGGACAGACUCUGGACAGGCCUAAAGACCCGAUCGCGCAUCUCGACGAGAGAAGGACGAAUUCGGCAAACGAAGCUGGGGCUUCAAUUGGGCCACGAGAACAAGAAUCGUCAUCCCGAUUCGUCAACGACGGCGCGCCUCUCGGCGUCGACGGUAGGGUCGUGGACACGCCGGAAGUCGCGGCAGCUAAAGCGGCCCACGCGGCCGCGCACGUCAAAGAGAAGAUCAAUCUAGCGAACGAGGCUGCGAGAUCCGGUAGCGCAACGAAUUUGUCGGAAACCAACGACGAUGUGACCCUCACCGAAACAAUUCUGAAUACACCGAAAGUCACGCGUGUCAACGAGAAGAUCAACCUGGAAGGCGACGUUCUCGCGCGACUCCGCGACGGUUCCGUGGUCCCGUUGGUGCUCGGCAACGGUGUCGUCGCUCUGGUGCCCGUCGGUCUCGACGGCAGGCCCCUGGACAACGUGCCGGAAACGGUGGUGGCUCGUGACGAUCAGAAUCCGGCGAACAACGCGAGAUCCGUGGACGCUCUGGCGAUCGCAGGUCCAGCUCUCGCUUACGGCAGAUUGAUUUACUAAAAGAAGGGAUUUACCCGAAGCACCCUUUUGGAAAAGACAUGUUUCUUAGCUUAGGUGUUGAAUAAUUGCAUGUCAGAUAGUAAUGGAUUAUGCAUAGGCGGUUACUCUCUUCUAUCUCUUUCUUGUUGCAUCAUUGUUUACGAGGCGAUCUAUUGUGGGGCAUUUUAUUUAAUAUAUGAUACAAUUACAGCAAGGUUUGGUCUUCAUAAUUUAUACUAAAAAAAGAAAUAUAUGAGAUUAUAUAACGAAAAAUUAUAAAAUCAUUGUAAAAGGCAACUAUUAUUGACUAUAUAUAAUUAAAGAUGAAUUAAUGUAUUAAUAUAAAUUCUGCUGAUCUCUUUUAACACAUAAUCGCACAUAACACUUGAAGACAAAAGAAGAAGUUUUAUAUAAACAAAAAUUACAUAAUAAAAUGUCAAAUGUAAAAAAUGCUUUUAUUCGACAAAAGAACGAAAGAUGCGAUAGAAUUAGUAUAGAAUAUUUAUCUAUCUUUUGUUUGUAGAACAAUUAUUCUCAGCCAAGACACUAUGCGCAUUCUACUAGAUUUACAAAAACAGAAACAUUAUACCAUAUAAAAUAUUGUGAAAAAUUGUUAUCUUACAAUGAAUAUAAAAUAAAUCGUUUAUCUCCUGCAUGUA